AAAACUUAAAAGGAAGUAAAAUAGGCUGUUGUUAAAAUCCUUGUUAAAAAGCCCUACACUGAGUGUAUAAUGCUCAUUUAUGAUAGAAUAAAACGCUGUCUUAAGUAACUAAGAGAAUGGCAUCUCUUGUUGGAGAUGACAUUGUACAAGAUUCAGACGAAUGUCACGAAAUGCACUGCGAGCAAUGCUACGAAUUCGGUGAAACGGCAGAUGCAGAAGGAUUUUGUAAUGAAUGUUUGGAGUAUAUGUGCCAGUCAUGCGUAAAAUACCACAAACGACAAAAUCCACAACACAACAUACUCGAUAGGGCGGCGAUGCCACAAGAGUUUUGUUUUGAGCAAUGCCCCGCUCAUCAAAAGUAUAUCAGGUUCUACUGCCCCAAAUGUGAACUGUUUGCCUGCUUGGAUUGCAGAAAAGCAAAUCAUACAACAUGCGAUAAUAUCAACCAUGUCUCAACCAUGGCUUUUAGAAUAGAAGAAAGUAACGAACUGAAAGAGGCUCUUAAAGAUAUAGACCUUAUUUCUAAUUCGCUAAAAAAGGUUCAAAAUACACUGGAGGAUGGCGUCAAAGAUAUUGAAACGAAAGAAAAACUAGCUCAGCAAUCGAUUAAGAAAUCAGGUCAAAGUAGGAAAUCACACUUUGAGGAACAGCAACAAAAAUGUACUGCAACAUUUAAUAAGUACCUCACAGACAUGUCAUCACUUAUAGAAGAGGAAAAGAAAAGAACUCUUACUCGUUUGAGAAAGGAGCAAAAUGACCUUGAUGUUAAACUGACUUUCACAGAAAAUGACAAACUCCAGGAAUUAAGAAAAGCUUCUGAAGAAGAUGUUUGUGCACAUCGAUCUUUAUUGGCAAGAAAUGCAUCACUAUUGGAUAAAGUAAAGGGCAAUUCGUGCGAUUUAAACCAGUACAUGGAAAAUAAGCAAAGAUGCAAACUGUUAAUUGCAAUGAAGAAAUCAUCGUCUGAAAUGAAAAAACUAAACCAAAAUAUGCUUAUGCUGACAAGCCAAACUGCAGCUUUGAAGAAAAACACUCUACCAGACCGAAUAAUAACUAAUGCUAGAUCUUACCAAGCUUCAGUUAUGUCACAAUCUACAGGAUAUGAUGGUAAUAAAAGUAUUGACCAUCCUUCAGAAGAAACCAGAAAAAUUCAAGUACUAAGAUGUUCCAAUGUUGCGUGCGGUAAAGACGGAUUUGGCAAGUUUUGCCAGGAAUGUGGGCACAGAACAGUUCAGGAAAAUAAAUUUGGGGUAUUCAUAAUUUGUAAUGGAAAACUUGAAGAUGGGCAAAAUUGUAAUUCAGAAUUGUUACCUGGAGAGAAUUACUGCAUGAAGUGUGGGAUGAAGGUUGAGCGACCUGUUCAACAGGUACUAGAAGACAAAUUCAAAAUCCAAAACUUGUCGAAAAUUGACCAUUCAUUAGAAGAUGAAAUAAAGUAUGUGAAGCUGAAUGCCACAAGAUCAGACGGAGUACACAUGGCAAGAAUCUGUAUGGUCACCGAUGAUGAAAUCACAAAGAUGCACCUGAUAAGAAAGUCAGAUAGUUUCCUGUCAAGUUUAAAUACGGACAUUCAGUCUUGUUGUACAAAAAUAUUUUAUUCUUUGAAAGAAAAUCAGGUUGUUCUAUCACAUGAUGCAGCAAUUAUUGAACAUGUUAACUUCGAAUUAGUAUUACAACAACUAAAAAGCGCGGAAGAUCACUUUCGUAGUUUUUUGGGGCAGAUAGUUGCCAAGAACGUCUAUAUACAACGGGAUUCGUGGUGUGCAGUGAAGCAAAUAUUAGAAGAAAUAAAUGUGAGUAAUCCAGAACAGGUUGCCGUGGUGGCCAAUUCAACUUUGCACGGGGUCACUGUAAGCAUUGUCGGUAAAAGGACAUUAGUUGAGGAUGUGUUUCAAGUAAUUUCAUCAAUGCAUGUCUAAGAAUAUAUCAGAGGCGUCUGUGGACACAGUGGUUAAGAUCGCUGACUUCAAGCCCCUUGCACAUCAGUGUUGUUGUUUUGAAUCCCGACAGAGACUUAUAUCCAGCUAGCUUACGAAAUGUCGGUGGUUUUUCUCAGGUGCCUGUUCGUGCACGUAAGGAUACUUGAGGUCUUUCUCCAGCAGAUAAGCUGGAAAAUCGCCAUAACACAUAUACUGUGUUUAUGCAACAUAAAAACCCAACCAAAUAGGGAAUGUAUCAAAGAUAUUUCGUCAACAUGUUUUCUAUUUGCAUGCGAACUAAUCCAAUUAAAAUAUGUUAAAGUCACAGUAUGUCCAAGAAAUGAUUUUAUUAUUAUUUCUCACAGUUUUAUUUAUAUUUGGUGUCUUGUUAAUAUUUGAUAUAUUGUUAUAGUUUCGAAACAGUUACUCAUUGGCCAAUAACCUGAAUCGUAUUUUGCUUCUGUUGCUUUCUAGUAAUAAGUACAGAAAAGUUAACAGAGAUGAAGUAUUUGGUAUGGACGUCAACAUACUACUUUAUUUACAUUUUGCAUCUUUUUAUCAAAAUAUUUUACAUGCACUUUUGUUCAUGUAACAAGCAUCUUACAUGCUCUUAAACCAUUGUUUAAACAUUAUAAAACUCAUGUUUGCCUUUUCUAAAGAAGGACGCAUAUGUACGUUUCGAAGGCAUAAUAUGCUUUUAAGGUGUGCCUCAAAGAAGAAAACACGAAUAGAUAUUCUAACAAUGAGUACAUCAUUAUUAUAUUUGUUGGUUUAAUGCUAAUAUCUUAUCUAUCAUGUUUAAUUUCAAUAAAUUCAAGACAAUUUUAUCAGUGUUUGAUUUACAUAAAACAGAAACUUAAUUCUUAUUUCAUCUGAUAUCUGUGUAUAUAACUUUUAUCAUGACAUUUAGGUCGAAUUUACCUGUAUAAUGUGCAUUUUGUCAUGAAUGUAGGGUGAAAAAAGGAAAUAUCAUCUGUAAGCUAACUGUUUAAUUGUUAUCAAAUUAGUGUAUUAAGUAGGACAA